CCUCUCAACUUUACAUAGAGAAAGAGAAAAGCAGAGAACCAUGAUCAGACUGGAGAUUUGGGCAAAUCCAGGUUUGCUAAUCAGUUUAUGUAAAGCGAAGAGGCUCUUUUGCUUCAACCACAACACUCUGAUUGCUCAAGUGAAGGUUGCCUGCAGUCUAUCUGUUGUUUUUUUCAAUUUGACACCCCAAUAGCAUCUACAGCAUUUAAAAGGUAAUCUCGACUUGAAAGUUUUCAUCUUUUUAAGAUUUUGGCUUCUGGGUUUUAUGGCCUGAAUGUGUAGGAUAGGAUAACUUUACAAUUUUUUGUUUUUGAUAACAUUUCCGGCAUCCACAACUCUACAAUUACUUAAAUCCUAUAAAUUUUCGUGACCAUACGUACAGAGUUAUGAUUGGAAGGAAUUAAUCAUUUUCUAAUUCAUGCAAUAUUCUAUAGCUGUAAUGAAUUGACUGUCUGCCAUUUCAUUUUCUUUAGUCUGCUUCCUGGGGAUUUGGACAGGAGAGAAUUCAAAUUACUAACUCAAGAUGAUCUAAUACAUGCAAUUUUGACAUGGUUGCAAGGGUUUAGACUGUGGGCGGGAUCAUUUACUUAACAAGAUUAUACAAUACAUGAAAGAUUCGAACUGCAUUUAAAUGAAACAUUAGAAACUGCUUUCAAAUAAACAUCAACCAAUGAAUAUACUGCUUUGAAAUAAACAUCACCAUCCAAUUAACCAUUUUCUAAUUCCUUCAAUAUUUUUUCUCCAGUUUUUUCAGAUUGAGUAAAGGUUUAUAUAGUUGGUUUUUGUCGAUUUGUGGUUUAAUUCAUACAUUCUUUUCAGGUGUUCAGAUUUCUGGUUUAUCGAUUUGUCAAGGAGAGUUUCAAAUUGGAUUGGGGUUUGCAGAGGCCUCAAGGUUUCAUCGAUCAUUCUUCAGCUUGAACCAGGAAGGGAAUAAGAAGAAACAGAAGAGGGAAAUGCCAUGAAAACAAUUAUUGGAUCAUAAUAUUGAUAAGGAAGACUUUUAUGCUCUGAUGGACUGGGAAAGCAAAAUUGAUCCUUUACGCUGCAUAUCAAUGCAUGAAAUUACAAAGCCUAAUCCAUUUGGUCAGAAAGAUGAUGCAACUAUAUUUGUCAAUUUCCAGCUGGGUGAUCUGGAGUCAAGAGUAUCACUGCAGUUUGUUUGUUUUGUUGAUGAAGCAUUCCACCAGAUUGAAAGAAAUGAUAGCAAUGUUAAGAAAAUAGGUCUACAUUGUAAAGUAACUGAGUUUCAGGACUUGAAUGAGUGGCCUGUGCUUAAAGCCCUUCCAUCAUAUGGCAGAGGAAGAGAUGCAGCAGCUGUAAGGAUCCUAAGCUGGAAAAAUUGCACGCUGAUUAAAUUGCAGCUCUAAAGGUUCGAUUUUUAAGUGUUUUGUUUCAUGUUGUUAUAUGGAUGAUGUGAGAAUCGAUUCAGUUGAUAGACUUUUAAUGUUUUUUGUGAUUUCAUUUUUUUUAUUUUUUAU